AUGGCCUAUAACGUCCACACUCUGAUCUCCGAGACCCAGGACAUCGCAGCCAAAGGUCUUCACGAUGUCAAGCCUCCCGUCGAGGUCCCCAACCCCUCUAUCGAUAAGCCUCAGUCACAACCCAAGAUCCGCAGCAAGUACCGUCAUGUUGCCGCCCUGCACUCCAAGGUCCGACCGUCAUGUCUCAGCCAUGAGGCACAAGAGACCCCGAGUUUCAUCGGGUUCCGUAAUCUCAUGGUCUUGACGAUCAUCGUCAUGAACCUGCGGCUGGUCAUUGAGAAUGCGAGAAAAUACGGCCUCCUCAUCACUCUGAAGUCGAACCUCCGGAGUCAGGAUAUCAAGAUUGCUCUGGCCCUCUAUGCCCUGACGCCCUGCCACCUGUUUGUCGCCUACGUCAUUGAGAAGGUGGCGAUGGAAAAUGCCAAAGGAGCUAUUGGAAGGCGGAAGAAGAGCGACCCAGACGCAAACAAAAAGCCCGAGACCGAGAAGCAGACAAAAGAGUUCCUCAACACUUGGUGGUGGAUUGCCGCCGCUCACACGUUGAAUGCCUCGCUGGCCUUGCUCAUCUCGAGUUUCGUGGUCUACUAUUGCAUCCACAAUCCCGGGUUGGGGACCAUCAGCGAGCUCCACGCCAUUGUGGUGUGGCUCAAGACCUGCUCCUAUGCCUUCACCAACCGAGACCUUCGACAUGCCAUGUUGAACCCUGGUGGUCCCGAAUCCGCCCUUCCAGAGAUCUACUCAAAAUGUCCCUAUCCACGCAAUAUCACGCUGCCCAACCUGUGCUACUUCUGGUGGGCACCGACCCUGGUCUAUCAACCAUAUUACCCACGCACAGACCGGAUCAGAUGGACCUUCUUCCUCAAACGGGUGGGAGAAGUGGUAGCCCUCAGCGUUUUCAUCUGGCUCACGUGUGCACAGUACGCAGUCCCCGUCCUGCGCAACUCGCUCGACGGCAUGGCCGUGCUCGACUUCUCUUCCAUUGCGGAACGUCUGAUGAAGCUGUCCACGAUAUCCCUGAUCGUUUGGCUUGCUGGCUUCUUUGCCCUGUUUCAAUCAUUUCUCAAUGCUCUCGCUGAGAUCAUGAUGUUUGGCGAUCGAGUCUUCUACGAGGAUUGGUGGAACAGCACCAGUCUCAAGAUGUACUGGUCGACCUGGAACAAGCCGGUCUAUCAUUUCAUGCGGAGGCACAUCUAUUCGCCCCUGAUCGGCCGCGGCUGGUCGCCUCAGGCAGCCAGUGCGUGGGUGUUUGUGUUCUCGGGAUUUCUCCACGAGCUUGCUGUCGGCGUGCCCUCCCACAACAUCCUCGGCGUGGCGUUUCUUGGGAUGGUGUUGCAAUUACCUUUGAUUCAAAUCACGGAGCCUCUGGCAAAGAUGCAUGGGACUGGCAAAGUGAUUGGAAACUGUAUCUUUUGGAUCAAUUUCGUAUUCGUCGGACAACCACUGGCUGCGAUGAUCUACUUUUUCGCGUGGCAAGCAAAGUUUGGAGAGCUCAGGAUGGUCCGGAGAUGA